AUGCCUCCCAGAAUAAACAUCCCCCCAGUCACCCGCAUCCUGCUCAUCACCCUCGGUCUGCAGAGCAUCCUCAGCGCCGCCAUCCGCUACAAGCAAUGGAGCGCCAACUCGGAGAUUGUCAUCCCUUACCUCAACCUCAUCCCACAGCUCUCUCUGAUAUAUCCAUGGACCUUCCUGACUACCACACUGGUAGAGAGCAACAUCUUCACCUUGGCCAUCGCCGCCGUCACCCUCUACCAUGGCGGUCGGUAUCUCGAGAGGGCUUGGUCGUCUAAGGAAUUCGCCAAGUUCCUCCUGAUCACCGCCCUGGUACCCAACACUCUGUGCUUUGGUGUCAUGGUGACCUUCUUCACCGUCACUCGUAACGAGAGCUGGACGCUGACCACCAUCGCCGGCACCAUCCCUCUCCAGAUCAGCUUCCUCGUCGCCUUCAGCCAGCUCGUCCCCGCUCACACCGUCACCCUCUUCAGGGGCAUCCUCUCCCUUCGUGUGCCCCGAUUCCCACUACUCUACCUCGGCCUGGUAUUUAUCCUCAGCCUGACGCCCCUCCUCACCGUCGCGUCCUUCCUGCUCGCCAUCUUCGGCCUCAUCACCAGCUGGACCUAUCUGCGCUUCUACAAGACCGUCUUCCCCGACCUCGACUCCUCGCAGACGCCCUACUCGCUGCGCGGCGAUGCCUCCGAGACAUUCGCCUUCGCCGAGUUCUUCCCUGCCCCCGCGAAGCCCCUGGUGGCCGCAUUGAGCGACCAGAUUUUCAACGUCCUCGUGGCCCUGCGCCUGUGCACGCCGUUCUCGCAGGCCGAGGUCUCGGCUGCCGGGGGCUCCGGGGGUUACCACCCCUACAGCCACCGCAACGCGGCACCGGGCAGCGCGAGGGCUGAGGCGGAGCGACGGAGGGCACUGGCGCUCAGGGCGCUGGAUCAAAAACUGCAUGCGGCGACUGCUGGGCGUGGAGGGGCCGCCGGCGCCGGGGCCUCAAUCGCAGGGGGGCGAUCCAACUCGCCCGCGCCUCCACCGCCUGCGGUCACUGCGGAGCCUCCGCCCACAACCGGUCCCACGGUGCUGCAACAACCGGUGUCCAACAACCAGACGGCUAUGACAUCACGGCCGAGCGACGGCAUGCUGGGGGAGACGACCUACACGCCUGAUCACGAUGACGGGGACAAGGGCGCGGCAUAA